UGUGAAACUAUGUAGCACACGUCCGUGACAUUCUCUCCACAGCACUAUUAGCAUUAGGGCAAUUCCGUCCGUCUAUCCAUCUCUUCAGGACUUUAAAUAUAACAUGGAGGCUGAACCAUUGAUCAACGAGGCUACGUUAGUGACACCUGAGGUGGUUCCAUUCACCAACGGUCUUUCACCCCAGAGUUUGCUACUGCUUUCUUUGGCGCUGGUCGCGGGUUUGCUGAUCGUAAUCGCAUUCUCUCGAAGAAAAUCAAGGUCCAGAGGCGACAUACUUCUCCUUCUCGGGCCCCCAGAUGCUGGCAAAACAGCAAUUCUUUCUACUUUCGCAUUUACAUCAACGCUACAAUCGCAUACCUCCCUGCAAGUCAAUACUUGUCUCGUACCUCUCUCACCAGUGGGGACAUUGCCAGUUGUUGACGUCCCAGGGCAUCCUCGAAUUAGAGAUCAGUUCCAGGAGUACUUAGGGAAUGCCAGAGCAGUUGCUUUCGUAGUGGAUGCAAGUACCAUAUCACGCAACGGGUCUACAGUAGCAGAACAUCUCCACCAUGUCCUUCAUGCCAUAACAUCGCUCCCUCCUUCACACUUGGCACCCGCACUCCUCAUCGUUGCCCAUAAGUGCGACCUCAUGAAGGCAGCUACGUCUUCAGGCUCUCCCGCCGAGGUCGCCAUCUCACGCGUCCGAACGAUUCUUGAACGUGAGCUGGAAAAGCGACGCGAGGCUCAGUCCAGUGGCAUGGGAAUCGAAGGCUUGGGCGCUGAAGGUGAACGUUCGGAUAUGGGAGGUUUAGAUUGCAGCAGUCCUGGCGGAAUUUUCAAGUUUGCCGAUUGGGAAGGCGGGGAAGUCGAUUUUGCAGGAACAUGGGUGAACGUCGGAGAGCUCAAGGAAGAAGAAAAAGGAGCAGUCACUGACGGCCUGGACUCAUUGCGUAGUUGGCUGGUAGCAGCUUUCACUAUGACCUAACUAUGAUCGUGAUUUUUUUAUGAUACAAGACACUCGCAGUAUUAGUCUCCCCUAGCCAGACCUUUAUAGACAAAGGAAAAUAGUUGAUCCUUAUAAUACCUUUGGACUUUGCAAAGCGAGUAUGAUUCUGGACGAGCAGCUGAAUCGACUGUGCAAUAUGGUGAAUUCAUAGAUAUCGCUGGAAUUUG